GAAGGUGAAGCAUCCUCUCUGGUGGAACUGCAUGUCCCUGAUACGACGCAUGGACUGGAUCUGGGGCUGGAAGGCGCAGAAGUCGUUGUAGUGUCUGUAGUCACCGCACUCGAACAGUGUCUCCGCGUCCACUGCCCCGGGUGAUAAUGUGGUGUCUGCACUUCUGCCCCCUCCACAGAUUAACCACGCUUUUGUCGGGGGGGACAAAGCGAAGCCCCGCCCUGUUGCUGAGCUGGGGCUUUCAGCAUGGCCUCUUGCCAGGGGAGGCUUUAAAAGGGUGGGGGCGCGUGGCUCCUCUCAUUCUCACGGCAGGACAUCCCAAGGGCAUCAAAGCAAGACAAAAUGACUCACCACUGCACCAAGUUCUCCGGCCACUGGAAGAUCAUUGUCUUCGACGAGGAGUGCUUCCAGGGCCGUCGUCAUGAGUUCACCUCUGAGUGCUGCAACGUGAUGGAGUUCGGCUUCGAGACCGUGCGUUCCCUCAGAGUGGAGAGCGGAGCCUGGGUGGGUUACGAGCAUGCUUCCUACCAGGGACAGCAGUUUGUGCUGGAGAGGGGAGAGUACCCCCAGUGUGAUGCCUUCGGCGGCAGCAAUGCCUAUCACAUUGAGAGACUGACCUCCUUCAGACCCAUUGCCUGUGCUAACCACAGAGAGUGUCGUAUGACUAUCUUUGAGCGUGAGAACUUCCUGGGCCGUAAGGGUGAGCUUAGUGACGAUUAUCCCUCCCUCCAGGCCAUGGGCUGGUGCAACAAUGAAGUUGGCUCUCUCAGGAUCCAGUCUGGAGCAUUUGUGUGCUACCAGUACCCUGGUUAUCGUGGAUACCAGUAUAUCAUGGAGUGUGAUCGUCACUGUGGGGAGUACAAACACUUCAGGGAGUUUGGCUCCCACUGCCAGACCCCUCAGAUCCAGUCCAUCCGCCGUAUUCAGCAGUAACAACUUACUCCAAACUCCCUUUUCCCAUGUGACCCUUCACCUCUGACCCCUACUACUUGCCAGUGCUGAAUAAACUGUCUUUCUUAAACCUUA